AUGGAAAAGUACACUAGUUGGAGGGAUAAAGGUACUGGUAUAGCACCAUUUCUACCUCCACCCGUUAGUAAUCCGGGAUUUGGUACAUUGCUUCUACAAACCCUACUGUUUGCCGUUAAGCUCGUAAUUUUGCUCCCUCUACUGAUCACAUAUGGAGUUAGCAAUUCCAAAUCAGUUUUGGGUUGGAUAUUGGGCUUUCUUUUCGGAUGGAAACUAGAUGUCACUGUGCAAGGUGUGAAAAGGCGGGAUCUGGGAAACCUUAGAAAUUAUCCUCAAAAGGGCAAGUUGUACCUUUGUAAUAGCACAUCGGCCUUAGAUGCACUCGCACUUGAUAUGAUUUCCCAAGGUCCAUCGUGCUUUCUGGUUCCACAAGACCAUACUAUUUUCAAAAUGAAUAAAAAUCAAUAUUUUGAAUUCGCCCAAACUGGAUCUUUAGACGCUAGUAGAUUUGGACAUGAAGUAGGUAACAUUAGACAAUUGAAAAAUACCGUUAAUUUCAUGUUUCUUGAAGGAACAUGUUCUAAUGGGAAAAGUGUACUUCCCUUUGCUCUCAAUGAAACUGAAUUGUUAGAAUUUCUGCAAUUGCCAGAGACGGAUAGAAGUGCCACAUUGCAAUCGAUUCAAUUGAAAAUCAAUGGUUCAUUGGUAACACCGUUGAAAGUUAACAAAUUCAAAUACUUGGUCACAAUGUAUACGAGGGGAGUUCAUUUCAAGAUUAAAUUGAACGAACCCCAAAAAUUGGUACCAUUAGAAGGAUUGAGAGCAUCAUUAAAUGACAAUAACAAAUUCAAGCUAGUCUCGCGAACAUUAAAUGUUGAGUCGAAGAGAAGAUUCGUGCAAGAAUAUAGUUCUAAAUCUUCUUAUAGACGUUAA